CAUGUUUUCUCCCUCUUCACUUUCAGUGUAUACAAUGAAGAACAAAUUAAGAGCAUAAAAGCAACAAGAUCAAAUUCAGAGUAAAUUUGAAAAAUAACCCCAAAAAUCAAUGCAUCCCUUGAUUCCAAAGUAAUCUUUAAAAAAAAUCCUUUCUUUUAAUCAACUCAUUAAGCCCAUCCUUCACCGCCAAAUCGAACCUACCACAAAAAUUUGGGCAGAAAAAAAAAUUGAUCUUGAUUCUCCUUUCUUCUUCUCUUUUUGCUUUUCUGUUGUUGCUUCGGUCGCCGGAGAUUUGGUUGUGGCCAAAAAUGAAGCUUUCGGCGCUACAACAGAGUUAUCUAGGUCGUCGGAGUAAUAGUUUCAGAUCAUCGGGACCGUUGGAUUCUUCUUCCGAUGGAGCUUUUAAAUCGCCGGCGGCCGUUUUUUGGCUUGUCCUCCAUGGUCUGUCUUGCUUAAUUAGCUUACUCCUUGGGUUCCGUUUUUCUCGUUUGGUUUUCCUUUUGUUAUCCACUUCUUCUACCUAUACCUCACCGUUUCAUUCCCCUACCGAGCUUGCCAAAACCCUAGAUAUCCGCUCAGUUAUUCCCGCUGACCCCGUCGGGAACGUCCCGUUACCGUUUCCUAACAAGACGGCGACGAACUCCCGGGUGGUUGUCGGGCGGCACGGGAUCCGGAUCCGGCCGUGGCCGCAUCCGAAUCCGGUUGAGGUUAUGAAGGCACACCGGAUCAUCGAAAGGGUCCAAACGGAGCAGAGGUUACAAUUCGGUGUGAAGGAUCCCAGGAAAAUUAUCGUGGUCACUCCGACGUAUGUACGGACGUUCCAAUCACUGCAUUUGACCGGUGUGAUGCAUUCGUUGAUGCUGGUCCCUUACGAUCUGGUCUGGAUCGUCGUUGAAGCCGGCGGCGUUAGCAAUGAAACGGCGUCGCUUAUCGCCAAAUCCGGUCGGAGAACCAUCCACGUGGGAUUCAGUCAACGGAUGCCGAAUUCAUGGGACGAACGCCAUAAAUUGGAAACCAAAAUGCGGCUUCGUGGUUUAAGAAUUGUAAGAGAGAAGAUAUUGGAUGGAAUUGUUAUAUUUGCUGAUGAUAGUAAUAUGCAUAGUAUGGAACUUUUCGAUGAGAUCCAAAAUGUGAAAUGGUUCGGUGCGGUUUCUGUCGGAAUACUUGCUAACUCGGCUAAUAUCGAUGAGAUGGUGGUUGAGAAGAGAGGGGAAGAGGAGAAUCCUCGAAUGCCGGUUCAAGGUCCGGCUUGUAACGUGUCUAAUAUGUUGGCAGGGUGGCAUACGUUUAACACAUUGCCGUUUGCUGGGAAAAGUGCGGUUUAUAUCGAUGAUAGAGCGACCGUGCUGCCUAGGAAGUUGGAGUGGUCGGGAUUCGUUUUGAAUUCUAGGUUGCUUUGGAAAGAUGGAGAUAAGCCGGAAUGGAUGAAAGAUAUCGAUACAUUGGAUGGGGAUAUCGAGAGUCCAUUGGAUUUGGUUAAAGACCCAUUGGUGGUGGAGCCUCUUGGAAGCUGUGGACGUCGAGUUUUGCUCUGGUGGCUUCGAGUUGAAGCUCGUGCUGAUAGCAAGUUCCCUCCUAGAUGGAUAAUUGACCCACCUUUGGAGGUCACCGUCCCAUCAAAACGCACUCCAUGGCCCGAUACUCCCCCUGAACUCCCUUCUCACGAGAAGCCAGUGAUAGGAAUCCAAGAACCAGUCAUCAAGCAUACUACAAAGACACGAACAUCCAGAUCAAAACGUCGAAGUAAAAGAAAGCACGAUGAAACAAGAACAGACAGACGCACAACAGGUUUCGACAAGACAUUACAAAACUAAAAAAAUCAUUAGCCCAGGAAUGUAUACACCCUGACCGAGUUGAAACCACCGUGCCAAGACCGAGUUGGGGGGAAUGCAGAUGGAUCUUAUCAGGCAUUGGGUAUGUAUCCAUGUGCACCCUUUUACCGUAGGCGAGUUUAUACAUGCAUUUCCGUUUACGUUCCUCUCUGAGUUUCAACUAUGUAUUUUUUUAUCUUUUACUCUCUUCUUUUUCAAUCCAUAGUUUCUUGGAGUGAUGGAUUAUAUCUGCUUCAUCAAGGAACGUAUGUUCGUCGAGUCGUUCUCUUUUGUGUCUCGAGAAAUGCUCGAUUGCGACAUGCUUAGUUUUUACAAAUUUAUACAUAUAAUCUUUGUAAUAGGGAACUAUAGAGCUGUGUUUAGUAGUUGGUUUUUGGUAGAUACGACACCAAGAAUAAUAAAGAUUCAGUCACAUGAUUAUUGAUAA